GGAAGCUAAGCUGCCAUUCCUGCUGGACUUGUCAGACCUGGGACGAUGCAAGCUGUGGAUCUCGGCGUAGUGUCCUUUCCAGAGUGCGACCAUCACCAUGGGCCUCCCGUGGACUCUGCUGCUCUCGCUGCUCCUGGCAUUCGGAGCAGGGAUCCUCGCCCUCCAGCCAGCUUCUAGACCUCAACGACCCUCUGCCUCCUCCUCAGACUCAGGGGGCUCUUCUCAGGACUUGGUUUCAAAAGUCUCCAGCCAGCGCCCCAGCCAGAACUUUCCAGAUCAGCCUCCAGGGUCAGAAGCCUCUGCUGGAAUCCCUGAUUCCAACUGGUUUCCUCGGGGGCUGAAUUCAAGCCAUGUUCCUGGGUCAUUCUGGACUAAUGUGUCUUCUGGGGGACAAUAUCUGAAUCCUGAUGUCACCUCCUCUAAAAUCCCUGCUUCCCAAGUGGCUUUUGAUGGUUUCAAUUCUCAAGAUCCUGCUAAAGACCCCGGGCCUUCCUUCUCUGUUCAAGUCCCAGGCACCAAAGUACCCAGCAAGGCCCCAGGUUCAAAGCCACCCCUGGAGCAUCACAAUCUUGAACUUUCUGCCCAGAACCCUGAAUCCAAAGUUUCUUUGGAGACUUACCAGGCUGCAAGUGUCCCCCAGCAGGUGGGGGGACCCCUUGCUGUGCUAGUGGGAACCACCAUCAAGCUCCCUCUGACUCCAGUCCCCAGCCCCAGGCCUCCUGCCCCUCUGGUGGUCUGGCGCCGGGGCUCCAAGGUACUGGCAGCUGGGGGCCUGGGGUCACAAGCUCCACUGAUCAGUCUGGACCCCGUGCAUCAAGCCCGCUUGAGGUUUGACCAGAUUCGAGGGGGUCUGGAGCUCACCUCUGCACGGCUGGAUGAUGCAGGCGUGUACACAGUUGAGAUCAUCAGAGGAGGAGUCUCCCAACAGAUUCGGGAGUUCACGGUGGGUGUAUAUGAGCCCUUACCCCAGUUGUCGGUACAGCCCAGGGCUCCAGAGACAGAGGAGGGGGCAGCCGAGCUGAGUCUGCGCUGCGUAGGGUGGAAUCCAGGUAGUGGGGAGCUAAGUUGGAGCAGAGACGGACGUGCCCUGGAGACCCCAGGCCCUGAAGGCGCAGAGCCACCUCGCAUCCGCGCAGAACGGGACCAGCUGCUCAUCUCACGUCCGGUACGCAGCGACCACGCCCGGUACACCUGCCGUGUCCGCAGCCCCUUUGGCCACACCGAGGCUGCAGCUGACGUCAGUGUCUUCUACGGCCCGGAUGCUCCGGUCAUCAAGGUCUUCUCCGACCGCGAUGCCGUUCCUGAGCUCUACGUUACUGCGGGCAGCAAUGUCACCUUGCACUGCUCGGCCCCCUCGCGGCCGCCUGCGGACAUUGCAUGGAGUCUGGCAGACCCCACAGAGGCCGCAGUGCCUGCGGGGCCUCGCCUCCUGCUGCCGUCGGUGGGGCCAGGCCACGCCGGCGCUUACGCCUGCAUCGCUGCGAACCCCCGCACCGGCCGCCGCAGGCGUUCGGUGCUCAACCUCACUGUGGCGGAUCUGCCCCCCGGGGCUCCACAAUGCUCAGUGGAAGGGGGUCCCGCGGACCGGAGCCUCCGCUUUCGCUGCUCCUGGCCCGGUGGGGUCCCUGCCGCCUCUCUGCAGUUCCAGGGUCUCCCCGAAGGCGUCCGUGCAGGGCCGGUGCCAUCUGCACUCGUGGUGGCUGUCCCCGCCCGCCCUGAGCUCAGCGGCGUCGCAGUCACCUGUAUGGCCCGCCACCUGGUGGCGACACGCACCUGCACGAUCAUCCCGGAAGCCCCCCAGGAAGUGCUGCUCCAGUCAGUAGUGGAGGAGACAGAACUAGGGGAUGUGGUGGUAGCACUGGAGGUCACUGGCUGUCCCCCACCCUCAAGAGCAUCCUGGGCCCGGGAAGGACGGCCCUUGGCUUCAGGAGGUGGGGGUCGACUGCGGCUUAGUCAGGAUGGCCGGAAGCUCCUCAUCAGCAACUUCAACCUGGAUUGGGACCUGGGGAACUACUCUGUGCUAUGCAGCAGCGCACUGGGCGCUGGAGGCAACCAGAUCACCCUUGCUGGGCCCUCCAUUUCCUCAUGGAGGCUGCAGAGAGCCCAAGAAGCCGCAGUGCUCACCUGGGAUGUGGAGCGAGGCACCCUGCUCACUGGCUUUCACAUCCAGGCAUGGACAGACGGCUCUGACCUGGAUAGAGUCACCAUGAGCAGAGACUGGGUCUCCCUGCUCGUUCUGGGCCCUCAGGAACGGUCAGCCAUCGUGCCGCUCCCUUCUCGGAACCCUGGGACCUGGACCUUUCGCAUCUUGCCCAUCUUGGGGUCUCUGCCAGGGACCCCAUCUCAAAGCCGGGUCUACCAAGCGGAUUCUGCCCUGAGUCCCGGGGCCAUCGCUGGCAUCGUCCUUGGCUCUCUGUUGGGCUUGGCGCUGCUGGUUGGCCUUCUCCUCCUGUGUAUCUGCUGCCUGAGGCAUUUCCCAGGAAGGACUUCUGUGAAAAAGCAGCACCCCCUGACCUUGCCUCCUGUGCUUACCCCGCCAGGAAAAAAGAUGCAGAAUUUGACCCCAGUGCAGACCCCACGGCUACUGCCCAUCAAAAGCCAACUGCAGAGCCCUCACCCAGUCAAGGCCCAACAAGUCAUCAGCCCCAGUCCAGCUUACUGUCCAGGUGGCAGCCCAUGGACUGUUCGGGCAGCCACCCAGGUAUGACAAAAGCUGGUGGCCCACUCUCCAUGAAGUGUUUUGGGGUACAGUUUCCUGCUUUGUCCCAGCAGCAUGAGGCCUACUGUGACUGAGGAUUGGACUCUAAGGGUGGGACAUCCUGUCCCCCUCUUAUCUCAGAAGACUCAACCUGUACUUUUGCAUCUGAGAACGUCAGUGUGACUCGGGGGAUAGAUAGGAGAGCCGCCUACAGAAGGGCGAAUGCGGUUAGCAGAAACUCAGAACCUCUGACAUGGAGGGCCUGCUCUAGCUCUAAGCUGGAAGGGGAGCCCAGCCACAGCUUCUGCAGUAGUCUGCUACCUUCUGCCUCCUCCAGGCCUCACCCCUUCAGCUUUCAGAGACUCCCAUCAUCCACAUGAGAUCAUGCACGCAUCCCAUGCCCCACUUCCUCCCCCAUCUCUUGAUUUCCUUUUUGCUUUGUUUUGUGACUCAGAGUCUCAUGGAGCCUAGGCUGGCUUCAGACUUGUUAGAUAGCCCAGACUGGCCCUGACCUCAUGAUUCUCCGGCCCCAGUCCCCCAAGUGCUGGGACUGCAGGCGUGGGCCACUACACACACCUUUCUUUCUGUCGUUUUUUGUUUGUUUGUUUGUUUGUUUGUUUUUGAGAAAGGACCUCAUAACGUAGACCUGGUUGGCCUCACACUCCCCAGUCUUCCUGCUGAGAUGGCAGCCAUGCACUACCAUGACUUCUCUCUAUCCUCUCUCUCAAAUUUCUCUCCGGCUGUACAGAGUGUUUAGACAUCAUUCAGUCUCUGCAUUCUAACCUCUGAGGCCUGUGGUUUGGCCUCUGCCAACCCCUGUGACUUCUCCUCCCAAGGCUACUCCUCCGUAGGCCUUCUGUCAACCGCACUUCCCCUGGCCUCCAGCUCUUUGUCCCUAGAGUUCUCUCUGCCUGGACACUUCUCUUUCCCAUGUCAUUGAUUUAUCAAGGCUAGAAGUAGCCACUGGCACUCAGAAAGACACCCCCCCACCCCCCCGCCUUCAAUGUGAGUGAAGUUCCACAGUCCCCAGCUUCCCUCCGGUCCUGUAAGUGUACAAUGACAGAUGUCAGGAAGUUUCCCUCUCUGGACUGAUAGCUCAGUGAGGCACACACCACACUAUUAUCCCAGCAGAAACAGAGCCUGGCACACAGCAGGCAUGCAAUAAAUACUGUGGACUGAUAGAAUAUUCGAGUGCCCGUGAAGAACUGCGGCUGUUGCUGCUAUCCUUGGCAAGCUAUGUCUUCCUUUUUCAACAAGAGUGCUCACGGGAAAUUUAGAGCUGCAGCAGUGAGGAAUCUUAGGCUGAAAGCAGCAACACAUAGAGCCAGGCAUCACGGUCCAAGGUAAUACAAACACUUGGGAGCCUGAGGUAGGGAGACCACAUGCUCAAGGUCAGUGUUUCAGAGAGAGACCUUGUCUCAAAACACCAAGGACUUGGCAUGUGGUUCCAUAGUAGAGCAGCUACCUAGAAUCCCUCAGUGACAGAUGAGAAUGUGGCUCCAGGGUAGAGCUCCUGUCUAGAAUCUCCCAGCGAGGAUUAAAUACUGGGUUCAGUCUCUAAUACUAUAUGUACAAAGGGGGAGAAAAAUCAAGAUUUUGUAUUUUUUUUAUCACUGCCAACAGAAAGCAUGAUACCAAUUAGCUUAUACAAACACAGGCUUUACUGCUUAUGUGUGGGUGAGUGAGCUUCAGGUAGGGUUUGAUCCAGCUGCUCUACCCUUUCCUCACUGCUACCCCCCAUAAGACCCCCCUCCACAUAAUAAAGCUACACUGCAUGCUCAGGCUCUGAGACUGAGCCCCCUUGA